GUGUCUCUUUUUAGUAUUUUGCCUUCCCUUUCUAUUUGUUUUUUCAGUAGGGUAAAGGUCAUUUAGGAGGGGGACAAUCAUAGGAAAUCGAUCUUGGCAUUAACCCUACAAGGAAGCUAACCACGAUUGGGUUGGCGGAGGUAAAAGUGCAUUGGCGGGAAAAUCCAAAACUUUUACCCUCCCAUUUUCAUUCUCCCCCUCCACAAUUUGCCGCUUCGAUUUACACUACUACCCGUGCUAGCUCUCUCUUCGUACCAAUUGAUCGGCGGUCGCCCAAAACCGACAUCUUCAGUUAGCAAAGUCGCCGAUGGAAGGGGAAUACUACAACUCCGAUUCCUGCGUCGUCAUCGUGGACGAUUUUUCCUUCGAAUCCGAGGUCGCCAAGCUACGUGGCCGAUGGGAGCUAGCCUCCGUUCUCAACUUCUUAAGCGUUUUCGAGCCACUUAUUGGGCGUGAUUUGAGGCUAUCGGCUGAGGAGAUUGAGAUGGGUCUUGUUAAGCCUAACAGGGCUAUUGCGUUCCUUCAUGUGACACUACUGAAGGGGAUACCGCCUGUGAGUAAAACACUGUAUGAUUCUGAUGCAUGGGUGACUGUGCUUUGUAAGAAACUCACUGAGUGGUGGCCAUGGGUUGCUGGAGGGGAGAUUCCACUGAUUGCAUCUAAGGGAGAGGAGAUAUCCAAGUACAAAGAACUUGAUCCCAUAAGUCGUUUAGUCAUGCUAAAAGCACUUUGUGAAAUCCGAUCAGAUCAAUAUGAUGCCCUGUCAUACAUUAAUGAUGGUUUAAAACAAGGAAAGGAAGUUUCCUGUUUUUGUAAAGUGAAGAUAGGGGGGAAUGGAAAUGGAACUUCAUACUGGUUUGAUGGAAAUACAACUACUGGUUAUAGAUUAUACAAGGCAGUAAACUGUGACUUUGUGAAAAAAGAAAAGGGGAAAGCAUGUUCAACACUGUCUGUCCAUUUUGAUUGGGAAACACUUGCUACCAAUCUGGAGGAAUUUCGUACAAUUGGGGAUGAGCUCUCAUCUAGCAAGAUAGCAACUGAAGUUUCUAUUGGAAAGGCUAUUGAGACUUACAUGAUUCCUCUUGUUGAGAAAUUACAGAAGAAGAAAGAAAGGGCACUGCAACAGAAGAAACGGGAAGAGAUGCUCCUAAAUGGGUUCAGAAGCUCCAUUAGCAAUCGGAGGAGUGCUCGUUUGUGUCGGAAUCAGAGGCCAAUUAGUUAUACAUUUGAUGAAUAUGACCGAUCCAUUGAUGAGGCUAUACGAAUAACCAAGAAAAGAAAGAAUGAAGAGCAGAGCCAGGGAAAGAAGCAUAUGCAGGAAAGGAAUGACUGUAAUGGAGGUUCAGCCAUGGAUGCAACCUUGAAAGACAGUUCUGGUAGGAAAAGUGAUUCAAUGUCGGGCGACUCUGAAAGCAACAAACUUCAAGAAGAGCUCAAUGAUGAAGAUGGGGAAGACGAUGAUUAUGAUGGCAAGAAUGAAAAUGAUAGUUACUCUGGAAAUUCCAGUGAUGAAAAGAACAAUCCUAAUAACAGAAACCAUGCAAAUUUCUGUCCCCAGAAGCCUAAGGGGUUGCGCUGGAGUAAGAGAUUGGCUGGAGUUACUCUUCCUGCCCCAGAAACCAGUACCUUGACUACAAAGAAUAGAUUGAGGCAAAGGCCAGUACUUAACUCUGCUAUUAACCUUAUUGUCCCUGAUUCGGAAGAUGAGAUUGCUGAAAAUUCUUCAGGUGAUUCUGAUCAGAUAGAGGUCAGUGAAAGCUAAAAACUUUUAGAAGUAACCAUAUUUGCAUAGUCACUAUGUAUAUGCUCAUACUAGUCCUCAAAUUUUUUGUUGUAGCGAGGAAAUUACAGCAUCAUUUUGUAUAGUUGCGUAGAAGCAUGUACCCAAUGUUAUAUUUUUGGAUGACUUUAAAGUAACUUCAAUAUCUUUGGUUCCUCUCGAAAGGAAUACCCAGGGAUGAAGUCAGGAAAUUAUCUUAUGGAACUAAUUGUAGUUCUUGUAGUUUUAAAGGCAUUAGUUUAUUUUCUUCUGAAUUUUCUUUUCUUUUCUCUAAAAAAUUAAUUGUGACGGU